AUGGCGCCUCGCCGUAGGCCCGCUAAUCAACCGGCACAACCGAAUCAGGGAUUUCUGGAUGCCAUGUAUGCUGCCUUUCAAGGCAUGGCCACUAAAGCUCAAAACGAGCGGCCGGUUGAGCAUAGGAAGCAAGGGUACUUCCAAGAAUUUAGGCGUGUGCCUAUCCACUCAUUUAAUAGUGAGGACCCCAGGAGGCAGAGUUCUGCAAAAGCUUUUGGAAUUACAGAUUUUAUCAAUCCAAAUGAAUGUAAUGAAUGUAUUCAGCAGGUUGUUAAGCAUAUUACGGAUGGAGGGGCAGACUACUCCUUUGAGUGCAUUGGUGAUACUGGAAUGAUAACAACUGCAUUGGAGUCAUGUUGCGAUGGAUGGGGUUUGACUGUUACACUUGGUGUACCAAAAGUAAAUCCAGUAGUAACUGCACACUACGGAUUACUGCUAACUGGAAGAACACUAAAAGGAUCUUUAUUUGGAGGAUGGAGACCUAAAUCUGACCUCCCUUCAUUAGUCGACAUGUACAUGAAAAAGCAAAUCCACAUUGACGACUACAUUACACAUAACCUGCCACUCGAAGAUAUCAAUGAAGCUUUCAAUCUCAUGAGUGAGGGGAAAUGUUUGCGUUGUGUUAUUCACAUGCCCAUGCAACUUCCUCUUGCUUCAACAACUUGAUGAAGAGCAGCUGGCCACAAAUGGGAAUCAGUCAUCCUUCUUAUGAUGGAUUUUUAGUAGCAAGUGUACAAUCGCUUGUAUGUUCUGGACCCACUAUAGUUUUCUGUAUUGUAUAAACAUGUUUACAAACUGCUCAGAAUUAAUUGUCUAAGGUUUUAGAUGGUUUUGACUAAUUGAAGGGAGUGAGGUCUUAAAAUUGCUUUCCUGUCAAGUGUGUGUGGGUACCUGGUUUGUGUUUUUUCUCCAAUUAAUGAACUUUAUCCAUCACCAAAUGAUAAACCGUCAACCCUAGAGUUUGAUCAUUAUAUGAGGAUAUUCAUCAUUGAUUAUAUCUAAAUGAUUAGAAGAAAUUUU